UAUACACUGGUGCUAGAGCAUGAGUUUUGCAUUUGGGAGCGAUGCUGCGUCUUAUUACGAUGACACCAAUACUCGUGUAUAUUUCUGUCGCUCUGGUUUGCCUUUGGGUACUCGCCUCUCGGAAGCGACAGCGCUAUCGGUAUCCUCCCGGGCCUAAAGGGCUUCCCAUCCUUGGCAAUGUUCUUGAUAUACCAACGGGGUAUGGUUGGUUUGCGUACAGAGACUGGGCGCGUCAGUAUGACUCCGACAUCAUUCAUCUCCAGGGCCUCGGCAUGCACAUUGUGGUACUAAACAGUGCCAAAGCCGCUAAAGAUUUGUUUGACAAGCGGCACGGUAUAUAUUCGGACAAAGAGUUAACUUCGAUGCUGCUCGAGGUCACUGGGCCCUAUCGCAACUGGUCAAUGAUGCAGUACGGGGAUUACUGGAGGGAUCAUCGCCGACUGUUCCACCAGCAUUUCCGCCCUCUUGCGGUCCCACAGUAUCAUCCCAAACGAGCGAAAGCCGUCCACAGGCUGCUACAGCUACUAUUGGACUCCCGAACCGGAGAUGAUUUCGUACAUCAUGUUCGCUAUUUUGCAGGUUCAUUGAUCCUCGAUGUCGUUUACGCUUUUGAUGUGCGGCCCGACGACCUCCGUCUUGAGAUUGUGGAGAAAGCUAUGAGGGCAGGCUACGACAUCAUCAAUGCGGGAGUCUUCCUUGCUGAUGUAUUUCCGAUAUUGAGGCAUGUGCCGGCAUGGUUUCCUGGCGCGCGGUUCAAGCGCCAGGCGGCUGAAUGGAAGGCACUGGUGGAUGACAUGUACGAGGUGCCUUACGGUCAGUUCAAGGCGACUAUGAAUGAAGGCAGCGCUCAGCAGUGCUUCGCUCUAUCUCUACUGUCCGAUGCCGACGCGAAAGAUAUGUCAAGACUUGACGAAAUCAUUAAAUCGCUCACAGGGACAGCGUACGCAGCUGGCUCGGACACGACAGUCAUCGCAGCCAUCUCGUUCAUCUUCGCCAUGGUGUUGAAUCCUGACAUACAAGCGUUCGUGCAAGAGGAGCUUGAUCGGGUCGUCGCGACUCCCCACCGCGCAAUGUUCGACGAUGAGUACAAUGGCUACCAUAUCCCUGCAGGCUCAGUAGUCAUGGGCAACACAUGGGCAAUUCUCCAUGACGAGGAGACGUACCCCGAUCCAUACUCGUUCAACCCGAAACGAUUCCUGUCUGCAGACGGGAUGCUCCGAGACGACGUCCCUCUCCCCACCGAAACUUUCGGCUACGGGCGUAGGAUAUGUCCUGGUCGUUACUUUGCCAUGGACACUAUGUUCUUGAUCGUGUCGAGCCUUCUAGCUGUCUUCAACAUCGAGAAAGCUGUGGACGAGCAUGGCAAGGUUAUUGAAGUUAAGGAAGGAUUUACUAAGCACGUCAUCAGCGCACCGAAGCCUUUCAAAGCUUGUUUCAAACCGCGACAUCCGGGGGCGGAAAGUUUAAUACGGUCAGCAGUUCUAGCGGACGCGUAGGCUAUUUAUGUUCGCCAGUGGAUAAGCAUGUCGGAGCUAUCGGGCGUUUCGUUCGUUUUAUUUUCUUCUAGCGUAGCGCGGAUUCGAUCUUUUACACGCUCAGAGAAUUUUCCCCGGCUCUGAGCGUGGGUGUCUCUGUAUUUAUAUACUGCGAGUGGUGUACUGACUGCAUUGUAAAACGAACCGAGUGUCUGUGUUUUGUGGCCUCAAGCGCACCCGCUUUGCAAAUUCGAGUCGGCGGCUCCGCGUAUCCACAAACUCGUCGUCAGAGACGAGC